AUGAAUGUCUACAGAAAAACUAUCAGCAUCAGAGAAGGCACAAUUACAGCAGGAUUCCCCUUCAAUGAAAACGUUGGCAAACUCAGGGACAACUUCAAUAUUGCCUUUCGCCGGCUGCAGGCUCUCCUUCGGACACUACGAAGCGACGACAAAAAGCUUCAGCUCUACAAUAGUACCAUUGAAGACUACAUCAAAGAAGGAAUCAUCGAGGAAUGUACUCUACAACCAGCAGGAGUAACAUCCUUCUACCUUCCACAUCGACACCACAUUGAAGAGCAGGAUACUCCGAUUACAAAGGAACUAUCUAAGUCUCUCUACGUUGACAAUGUGUUGUUAGAAGGCAACAACCCGCAAGAGCUUAUAGAGAAAUACAUUGCUUUAAAAGAGCUCUUCUCUUCUAUCGGAAUGAACCUCCGCGACUACUUGUCAGAUUCUGCCGAAGUAAACGCACAAAUCAAGGAUUUGGAUAGAGCAAAAAGCUGCGAACUCAAAGUGCUCGGAAUCAAGUGGAAAGCUGACGAGGACACCUUAAUCAUGGAAUGUGCAGACAAAGCACAAAUAAAGGUCACUAAAAGAUCUGUACUCAGCCAAAUAAACGGAUUCUGUUUCGACCCGCUUGGACUGCUUACUCCCUUGAUAAUACCGGCGAAGAUAUUCCUGCAGGAUAUACACAAGCAAAAAUUGGGAUGGGACACAAUUCUCCCUGGAGAACAAAUCCAGAGAUGGAAAGCAAUUAAGGAAGAUAUCGCCGGAUUCAAGAAAGCCAUACCACGCACAGUGCUGAACAAGACUCCCGAGGCCAAAUAUAUGCUUUCUGUAUUUGUUGAUAGUUCCAAACGAGCUUACGCCUGCUGUCUUUAUACGACUACAUCAACGUAG